AGCUUCGCAGUGUUCGGACCUCCUCUUCACCUUUACUUUUGCCUCGCACACACCUUUCUGUCAAGAGUCUACAAAAGAAACUUGACAAGCAACAGGCAACCAUCUCCCAAGCAACCUCUUUUUUUCUCGUGCCCUUUGGCAUUUCUGUGAACUUUAGGCAAUUGGGCCGCAAUGUCUAUUAAUGGGGACGACAGCAAGAGACAAAGAGUCAGUCGGGCAUGUGACUUGUGUCGCCGGAAAAAAGUCAAAUGCGACGGGCUGAUUCCAGUCUGUAGUAACUGCCAGCAAUUCAGUUACCUGUGUACAUACAAAGAUACGACCAAGAAGCGAGGUCCACCCAAGGGAUACAUUGAAGCCAUCGAAACUCGUCUCAAUCGAAUGGAAGCACUGUUAGGGGACGUGGCAGCAAGUGAUACUAUGUUUGCCAGAGCAGCAGCAGCCGAAUUGAAUACGCCACUUGAAACGCCGCAGGGAGAGACAAUUAAUUCUCGACCAGUGCGACGGUCUUCGUCAAAGGCAGAUAUGAACGGGCAUCAUCAUUCGUCAUCAUGGUCGUCUACAGCAACGAAUGAUAGGGAAGGGCACUACCGUCAGCGAUCCUCUUCGUCUCCCGGCCAACGGGAAAAUGAAUUGCCACCUCCGACAUCACUUUUACUCUAUGACGACCCAACAGCAGCGAGCAACGCCUCGAGUUCUUCAAAAGAGAGAGCAUCGCGUGAUCCUGUAGGACAACUGUCAAUGGAUGAAAGUGGGCAAAUGCGAUAUAUUGGAAAAUCUUCUGGUUUAUAUAUGAUCCCCAAACUCAAACCUCUGCAAAACGGGGCAUAUUUUAUCCCUCGUAGAAGUUAUCAACAACGCAACGAAUCUGAAAUGUCAGUGGACCGACAAAGAAUGCUUGAUCCAUUUGAAUUACCUCCACCUGAUCUAUCAGAUCAUCUAAUUGGCCUGUAUUUCGAGCAUUUCUAUCCAUUUUUACCUUUGCUACACAAAGACAAGUUCUUGGCAACUAUAAAUGGGACAAAAGGGACUCCGCCUGUUCCACCAAUCUUACUGAAUGCUAUAUACGCCGUUGCCUCCAGAGUCUCCAAUGAUCCACGCGUUCGAAGUGAUCCCAGCCUGGCUGGAACAGCUGGUGAUAUUUUCUUUGAAAGAGCUCGUAUUCUACUCGAAGCUGAACAUGAUGUUUCCAAAAUAUCCACUAUUCAAGCACUGUUAUUAAUGUCAAGUCAUCAGCAUGGCGCCAUGCGGUCCACGCGAGCCUGGCUUUAUAAUGGAAUGGCUUUCCGGUUUGCUUCAGAUAUCGGCUUAAAUCGAAACUGUGAUGAAUGGAACAUUCCAGACGACGUUAAAGAAGAGCGAAAAAGAGUAUUUUGGUGCUGUUUUGUGAUUGAUCGUAUCACCAGUGCUACCUAUGGCCGCACUUUUACGAUUGACGAAGCCGACUGCGACAUUUCAUUGCCAGAUGUGCCCGACGGGUCUGCGGGGCUCGUUAAUGGCUCCGCUGUCAUCGAUCAAUUCCAGCACCUGAUACAGAUCAUCAAAAUUUUGGGCUACAUUAUCCAAAACACCUACUAUGUUAAGGCGCGAGAAUCAGCAUUCAGCCAAAAUAUGAAUGGUGUCAUCAACACUUUAGAAAAAAAGUUAUCGACAUGGUUGGAAUCCCUUCCACCGGAGUUGCAAAGUCAAUCCAAUCAUGCCACGGGCACGUCUGCCAGCGUAGCGAAAUGCCAACUCCAUAUGUUUUAUCAUGCUGCUGUCGUUCUUUUAUAUCGACCAAUGAUACCCGCUGCAAAGCAAUCCAAUGAUUCACAUCAAUCACCCUCCUGGGUUCGAUGUAGCGCGGCAGCCGACGCUAUUGUGGAUAUCGCGCAGGGCAUGUUCGAAACUGGAAAGCUAAGAUAUGUUCACAAUUAUCUCAUCUAUGCCAUCUUCACGGGAGCCAUCAUUUUUGUACAUAACGCAUCCUCUGUUAUGGACCGUGAGAUCGUCCAAGACUCCAAAAAUCGCAUUCAUAUGAUCAUGAAGUUUUUGAGCGUGAUUGAACGAACUUGGAACACGGCCGCUCGCAGUAGUAGUAUUUUGGGAGGUUUAUUGGGUGUCCGCGAUAUUGAUCUGGAACAACGUCCACCUCAGUAUAAAGCCGAAGACCUGACCAGCCAAGAUGAAUCAUUCGCUUUGAAAUCAGGACCCAGUACUAGCUUCGAGCGACACAGAGGAUCACCUCAGCAAUGGUUACAAAGGAAACAAAGCGCCAAUGGCGGAGGAAAUGAUCUCAAAGCCGUAGAGCAAAUGCAAGGAACGACGGAACCCUACGGCGCAAAGCAUCCAUCCGAUGCAUCCCAGCGUCCACCACCGCCAGGGCAUGUAUACGAUCAUCCUGUCGAGGCCAAUGCUUCAGGUUACUCGUACUCACCGGCUCAAUCACAAAUGGGACUUGGUCAACCCAUGGAAGCUGGAACCUCGACGAUGGAUCCGUUCGCUGCACCAGGUACUGUUUUAGGACCUAAAAUGUACCGUCAGCCUAAUAAUCACUCACCAAUGGGACCUGGAUCACAUCAGCCUGCUUUACCGCAUAUGCCCCCGAAAUCUUUACCUGGUGUAGAUAAUAUGACCGUGCCACCACCCCCGAAAUUGCCGCCCGUGCCUGCCAACAGUUCCUUGUUCAAUUACUAUAACAACGACCUACCCAAAGGUCCUGGUUACCAAAGACAAGAUAAUAACAACACCAACACAUCCAACAUGAUGUAUUGGUAAAUAUUCACACCAACAACCAGAAAACAAAAACGUUUCCUCUAUACUGUCUUUAACAAACCAGUCAUUCAAAGAGUGCUGCUGCUCAUUCGUACAAAAAACUAGUCGUUUUUUCUUUUUUCCCCCUCUCAUCUUUAGUAUUUCUUUUUUGUAUAAUCGUGUAUA